AGGAAAUGGGUGUGUUUGUUUAAUGUGGGAGUCUGAACGCACAAACUUUGCUCUGACUUUGUCAGUGCAGCCAGUCUGGGAGUGUAAGCAGCCAAGGCUUGAGCAAUGUCUACCCUUCUGCUGGUCGUGGGUGUUGUUGUAGGAGUUGCUUACAUUUACCAUCAUGUUGUGGUGAAGGGAGCACGGUGCACGAGCAAAGCAAAGCUGUAUGGGAAGACUGUGAUUGUGACCGGCAGCAACACUGGCAUUGGGAAGACUACAGCCAUAGAUCUGGCUAAAAGAGGAGCCAGAGUGAUUCUGGCCUGUCGCAGUAAGCAGAGAGGAGAGGCUGCCCUCGAGGAAGUCAAGAGGGAGAGUGGCAGUAAUCAGGUGGUGUUCAUGCAGUUGGAUCUGGGGAGCCUCAAGUCGGUCCGCAGCUUUGCUGAAAACUUCCUGAAAUCUGAACCCAGACUGGACAUCCUCAUCAACAACGCAGGUGUAAUGGGUCCAGGACGUACUGAGGACGGUUUCGGAAUGGCGUUCGGGGUAAACCACCUGGGUCACUUCCUGCUCACCAACCUGCUCCUGGAGCGACUGCAGCAGUGCGGUCCCAGUCGAGUGGUCAACGUGGCCGCGCUUCUGCACCGCUGUGGCACCAUCGACUUCCCUCUACUGGCUUCCAAUAAGGAUUUGGUGUCUGGUCAGUCUGCCUGGCACAACUUCCGAGCCUACUGCAACAGCAAGCUGUGUAAUGUGCUCUUCACCAGGGAGCUGGCCAACAGGCUGGAGGGCACCAGUGUCACCUGCUACAGCCUCCACCCAGGAGCUAUCAACUCUGAGCUGGCGAGGAACGCUAGCCCAGUGAUGCUAAUGCUCCUGAAGCCUGUGACUGUUUUUUUCUUCAAAAACACAGUCCAGGGAGCCCAGACCACACUGCACUGCGCCCUCCAGGAGGGGAUCGAACCUCUUAGCGGGCGCUACUUCUCCAACUGCACUGUGAGAGAGGUCUAUGCCAAAGCCAAGGACGACGCCACAGCAAAGAAGCUGUGGGAGCUCAGUGAGAGACUGUGUGGUCUCGCAUAGAAAGUUUUCCAUCUAACUCCUUAUAUUGGGUUGUCGACAGCAUGUUUCCAUCAACAUACAGAUUUUUCAUAUGGAUUUUGAAGUGUCGCAUUUGAAAGGGUUGAUAGAAAUGGCAAAAUUUGACAAAAUAAAUUAAAUUGUGCAAUAAAGUUUUUACACUGGAUUAAGGUGGGUUUUGCUCUAUUGAAAAAUGCACUUAGCAAGCAUUUAACUUAAUAAUAACAAUAAUAAUAAUAACUAAUAUAAUUAAUAAAUUAUUAUUAUUACAGCAUAUUACAAAAACUUUCCCUUCCAUAUCUCUUUUAUUAGGUUUGUUGGCAGUCAGAAAACAACUUGUUUUCCUGUUCGCCACAUUUACGUCUACUAUUACAGCCAUGCGUAACAUAACAACGCCAACUUCUGACAAA